UGUGGUGGUGAAUGCGAGUGAAAGAAUUUCGGAGAAGGGAUCCCCGUGUGCGCGGAGGCGCUGCGUAAAAGCCGCGUGGUGCGUACGCAAUCUUUAUGGGCAGGUACACAUUUAUGGUUUUGUAAAUUUUUUCUUAAAAGUCACCCAAUGGCUUUAGACAUCACAUAUUUUAAUCAAAAAAACUCUCUUAAUUUCACCAUUUGCUCGAAAAUUCCUCAAAAAUGUACAGUGGGUUGCCUAUAUAAAACAUAAAAUCAUACAAGAUGGCGCCACUACCACCUGUCAACUGUCACGUCAUAUUCCGUAAUUACAGGUCGGGGUGGGAUUUGUUGAUUUUUAAAUUUUCCUGUUUAUUUGCCCAAAAUAUAAACCAAAAUACCAAAGGUCGUCGAACUAGUCCCGUAUCAGCGAUAAAAAAUCACAAAUAUUCACCCCCCCGAGGGGUGCAUGAUCAUAUCAUUACUUAAACUAGCCGUUGUUUAUAACAAUAGUGCCACCAUCGAUUUUCUUAUGUGAAAAACAGACUGAAUCUCAUGUUUUCAUUAAUAAAUCAGACUGCAUAAGCGAUUUGUAGUGCAAAAAGCCUCUCAGGGAACGAAAAUAAACAAGAACUUUAUUGGAAAUACCUAAAAGUGGGUUCUAGCAAAACCGAAAAUGGAACAAGACAAAGGAAACCUGGACUCUUACAUGCACAGAAUGAUUGUAUGGAGGAGAAAAAAAAGAAUGUCCAUCAUUAUGCUAGUGAUUUUUCUAGCUAUUCUUGUGUUUCUUGUUCAGUUUUAUAUGGUCGACCAAAAAGGGAGGCUCGGGGGAGACAUUAAUACCAAAGAAGAUGAAGCCUUUAUGGAAAACAUUGCGGUUAAGUUCAUAGAGGCUGCAAAACUGAAUGGGCAAAUGCAUAAAGGGAAAUUUAAGGUGCAUAAGGACAAUCAACCGAGGAUGAAUGAGUUGAGCAAGCAAACUGAGAAACCUUCAGAAGUUUUAGAAACUGAUCAGCAACUUGGAAUCCCAUAUGUCUUGACUGAUAGGUACAUUCCUAAUCAUAGGAUAGUGCACUUUGACUUUAAGGGGGCACCACCGACAAUAAAGUACCUGAAAAAAAUCAUCGCUUUAGCCAAGAAUGUUGGCGCAACCGGACUUUUGUUAGAAUAUGAAGACAUGUUUCCUUACGUGGGUAAACUGGCUUUCAUGGCAGCCAAAAACUGCUACACCAUGGAACAAGUGAGGGACAUCCUCGACUAUGCCAAAAGUUUAAACUUGGAAGUGAUCCCGUUAAUCCAGACUUUCGGCCAUAUGGAAUUUGCUUUAAAACAAAAAGACUUUGCACAUUUAAGGGAAGUACCCGAUAGUCCACAAGCCUUAUGUCCGAGCAGAAACGGCUCCUUACAGUUCGUCAAAGAAUUAGUCAAACAAAUACUGGACGCCCAUCCGAUGUCCAAUUACCUUCAUAUCGGGUGCGACGAAGUGUUUGAAAUGGGCGAGUGUGAGGUGUGUCGCAUGGAAAUCCGGGAAAAUCUGUUUUUAAAGCACGUGAAAAACGUCGCUAAGAUUGUCCACGACAACAAGGCGGACGUUCAAGUGAUCAUUUGGGACGACAUGUUGAGGCACGUGUCGCAGCAGACCCUUCAAGAAUCGAAAAUCGGCGAGCACGUGGAGCCCAUGGUGUGGGUUUACGCGGAGGAAAUUUAUCGAUUCGUACAGCCGCCAGUGUGGGAUAAGUAUGCGGGAGUUUUUAAGACCGCUUGGACCGCUUCGGCUUUUAAAGGUGCUUUUGGGGAGACGGUUUAUGCCCCAAACGCCCGACGACACCUAGAGAACAACCUGAGAUGGUUGGACGUGAUGUCCACCCAAUCCAACUCCUUCCAGCACGGAUUCAGAGGCAUCGUUUUAACUGGGUGGCAAAGGUACGAUCAUUUCGCUGUUUUAUGCGAACUAUUGCCCGCAUCCCUGCCCUCGCUUAUAUUGAACCUGCAGGCGGUCAGUAACGGUUUUUUCAACAGUUCUUUGAAGGAGACGUUUAUGAGCACUUUGACGUGUGUUUUCUCGAGGGAGAGGCGUAGCAGUCCGUUUAUCAGCUUGGAAAAUGACCCGUUCAUGUGGGAAAAGUUGUCCCGGUGUUUGUUUCCUGGAAAUGGAUUUUUUAAAUUAUUGUACCGGCUACAUAAUUUAGAACAAGAAGCGAAAGAGUACAUCGACACCACCACAAAACAAAGAGGUUGGAUGACCCCGUAUAACGCGAAACACAACUAUAGCUCGCCCUUAAGGGUCGAGGAACUCACCCAGUCCCUACCCAGGGUGUACCACGGCAUGAUUUCUCUGGCAAGAAACGCCGCUGAUAGUUUAGCGGAUCUGAUGGAUAAUUACACAAUAUCCGAGUGGAUAGAACAGCGGGUCUACCCGUACAUUUUAGAAGUGGAAAAGAUUUACAACGAGAGUUCGGUACUGAAAAGUGUCAAAUAUUGGCCUGUGCGGCCCUUGCCAAUGUUAAAAGAUUUAAAAAGGCACGGGAUCCAUUUAGGGUAGUUCGCUUAGUAACGCACCACCUCUUAUUUGAUAUUUUUAUAAUAUACUUUUUACACUCUAUAAUACGAGACUGAUCAGUUUUAUCUUCACGGUACUGCCACUCAUUUUUGAUUCUAGUCAAUUUCUGAACAACAGUGUUUCAUAGGCUGUGUUUGUUUGAUAUUAAUUUUUAUUUAUGUUAAAAAAAAAACAUUUCAAGAUCUCAAAAGUUUAACGUUUUUGUUAAAGUUAUUUGUUGAAAACUUUCACCGAGCAUUAUUGGAUAUAUUUAUUAUUAAGUGCAAAGUGUUCCGAAUUGGUCCAAUUUGAGGCACCUUGCGCACACACAGUUAGAUUUAGAACCACUAUAUUAAAGGCAUAAUUCAUGUUAAAAUCACUAAAAAGUACGUAAUUAAAUUUUUAAAAGGUAAAAA